CCACGACUCUUUCAUCGAGUCUUUGCCUCUUCGCCCGACUCAGGCCCUGACAUACUUAGCUCUGACACUGGCCUGCUACAGACGUAGAUUCAACCUUUGCAUUUUCUAUCCGACAGGAAGCGUCACUUUCUCAAGUCUGACUCUACCAAGCAAUCCCGACUCACUCUUACGGCUCCGAAUUUGCCAGUCUGCCCAUUCCAACUCUCCCGGGCCACAGACUCGCAACGAUACGAUCCGCUUCCCUUUGAAACCGAGGACGUAGAUAACAGCACAAGUUUUCUCAGCGUACCGUUAUGGAGGCACCGAGCUCGCCGCGUGAACCGUCGCCAGCUGUAGCAGCGAUAUCCACCGCACCUGCGCUCGCACCCAGCCGCAAGCGCAAACACGCUGCUAUCUCGCAAAACAUCGCUGCUUCACCCGCGCCAUCCGAUCCAGGUGUCGCAACGCCUACACCCGGGGCCGAAAAUGUGGUCCUGCAUACGCGUCACAUAGACCUGUCCGCACGACCACGUCUCACAAUAUCCCGACACCCCGGCUUCAUCCCCAUCGCUCCUGGCUCGUCCUACCACAACACAGAUCCGCACUGUAACAACCGCCUCAACUUCCGGUACACCCCCGCCGGCCUCGCGCCUCCCGGCUCCGCACUCCCUUUCCGGACCAUCGAGUCCGCUCCGACCUCGUUCCGCGUAUCAUGGGAGGACAGGAGUAUGUUCGUGAAGGUGACCCAGGACGGGCUCGGACUCAAAGGUGAGAAGGGGUUCCGGAGCGCCCGGUGCAACGCGCCUGUGCGGGCAGGGAAGUGGUACAUGGAGGUCAAGGUCGAGAUGGGCGGCGGGGAGAAGCCUCCGGACAGCCAGCGGCGCGAGGGCAGCCACAUCAGGCUGGGGUGGGCGCGGCGAGAGGCCCCGCUGAACGGGCCUGCUGGGUCGGACGGAUACAGCUACGCGUUCCGCGACAAGACGGGCGAGAAGGUCCACCUCUCGCGGCCACGGCCGUACGGAAAGCCUUUCAAGCCCGGAGACGUGAUUGGGAUGUACAUAUCCCUCCCCGCGAAUCGACCGCCGCCGAACCGCAAGGACCCGUACGACCCUGCACGGAUAAAGCGCGAGCGCAUCGCGAUUGAGUUCAAGGGCCAGGAGUACUUCGAGUCAUUAGAGUACGCACAGUCCAAGGAGAUGAUCGCACUCAUGGGCGCUACCGACAAGGCGAAAGCCAACAGCACUAGCUCGAUGCCCUCCUCCGCCACGAAGAAGUCGGCAACCGUCAAGAACCUGCCCUCGACCGGUCGAGGUACGAAAACUGUCGUACAGGAGCCUGCGCCGAUGCGUCCCCUACCUACUCUCGGAUCGGACUCAUACAUCGCAUUCUUCGUUAACGGCGAAUGCCAGGGCGUCGCCUUCCAGGAUCUGUACGACUACCUGCCUUUGCGUGACCCCAACGCAAAGGCGCACGAGAAGAAAAAGGCGGCGAAGGACGGCUACCGGGAGCACAAACAGAACCCGUUCGACGACGGCACGCUCGGGUACUACCCCUUCGUCUCACUAUUCAACGAGGCGAGGGUACGCAUCAACCCUGGCCCCGAUUUCGACUACAUGCCUCCGCCAGAUAUCGACGCGGUCCUGUCGUCCACCGACCCCAUGGACACGGACGUGAAGCCGUCGCCACGGACAUGGCGACCCAUGUGUGAGCGCUAUCCAGAAUUUAUCGCAGAGCAGAAAGCGAUCGAUGAUCUCGAGGAACAGGAGGCUCAGGGUACACCGACAGUCCAGCAUAAGGCAGACAAAGCAGAAAAACAAGAAAAACAAGAAAAGUCGAGCAAGCCGGAGAAGCCGGAGAAGCCAGAAAAAGCAGAGAAGCAGGUAACAGAACGGGACAGGGCGCAGCUCGACAAGCUGGAGGCCCACCGGGCAAAACGACGGGCACAAGCCGCCAGGCGAAGGGAGCGGAAGGCGCAAGAGGACGCUGAAGCUAAGCGUCGGAAGCUUGGGGAGGCCGCUGCUUCGACGAGCGUACGAACAAGUGUGCCUGCCGACGACGCUAUGGCUGAUGCGAGCCAUACGGCACCUGGGACCCCCUCGACGCCCUACUUCCAGCAAUUACCCGGUACUGCCGCUGCGUCUCCUGCGCCGACAGUCGCCUCCGACGUUCACAUACCUGAGGUCGUGUCUCGCUACGAUUCCAGUGCCUACAACUCGGAGUACGAAAUGGACGUGGAGCCUCAUGCCCAUGCUCUGGCUGAGGACGACCGAGCAGCGUCGCACGAGCCAUGACAUGAAAACACGCUACGGUAUUAACUUUUCAACUGCACUACUAAACAUAAAGCAUUGGACUUCGGACUACGAGCCGUCGAUGAUACCCUACAAUAACUUAUCGUAAA